UGAUCAGCACGGUAGGAUUUUUUUGUUUUUUUUUUGGGUUAUGUGCCAAAACGGUCGUUUGUGAUCCUUUACGUGGGUAUAACUAUAAGUAGGAUAUUUGGGCUUUAGGAAUUUUCAACAAUUCUAUUUAUAUUUCCUUUGGAUAAAAAAGUAACUUUGUGCUUAAUGCAUGAACAAUUCUUUUUUGAGAUAAUUCACUAAAAAUUAUGUUUUGAGAUAGAAAUCAGUGUAAUAAUAAAAAUUAAAUAAAUAAGCAAAAGACAAUAAUACCCAUUCAUUUGCUGGUUUUUGUUUUUUCCUCUGUUUUUCCCUUUUCUUCCAAUUCUAUUGCCAACAAAACAUCCACCUCAAGGGCCUUCCGCUGCUUUCUCUCUCUCUCUCUCUCUCCGAUUAUAGAAGAUAAGCUUGAAUCAAACAGCAAAUGGGCUCUUUUCUGAGCUCAAGCAAGAAGAGCCAGGAAGAGCUAGACAUGGCGCUAGAGAAGGCCAAGCAGAUUGUUAACUCCAACCCAGUCGUCGUUUUCAGUAAAACUUAUUGUGGGUACUGCAAGAGGGUUAAACAGUUGUUGACUCAACUUGGAGCAAGUUACAAAAUCAUUGAACUGGAUGAGGAAAGUGAUGGAUCUGAAAUUCAAUCAGAGCUAGCAAAGUGGACAGGGCAAAGGACUGUUCCUAAUGUGUUCAUUGGGGGAAAACAUAUUGGUGGCUGUGAUUCUGUUUUAGAGAAGCAGCAGGCUGGUCUGUUGGUGCCGCUUCUCACUGAUGCUGGUGCAAUUACCAAGAAUUCUGCUCAGCUGUGAAUAACAUAGCCACAGAGCCCUUCCUGUACACAAGUUGAAGAAAAUGAUCCGACUGACCGGAGACGACACGCUGUAAAAUAAUAGUAUAAAAUUCAAAUAUGUUGUGUAUAUGAAUAGUAUGAACAUGGAUUUCUAAUAACUCUCUAAAUUACCACAUUCUGGUUUUCUGCA